CCCGGCCGUGCCCCGCGGGGUCCCUGUGGAGGGGCUCCAUGCCUGCAGCGCGCUCCGCCCGAGGGGCGCUCGGGCACCGCGGGCGCGGCGUGGGCCCCUCUGCCUGGGGCACCCCCUCUGCCGCCGAGCCCUCAGAAACACAUAGCAUGCUCCCUUUUUUAAUUUUUUUUUUUUUAACUGGCUAGUGGUAGGCGAGGCAAUGCUGCUGCUUGCGAGGUGUGCGGCGAGAAAGAAAUGAGUUCCUGUUUAAACAUUGAAGGUUGAGAUUAGCAACCGAGUUUCGGUUCUGCAGCUGGCAGCGGGUGACCUGAGUGAAUUCGAAGGUCUCGUUCUGCAGGAGAGAAGCUGCUCUUUCCUGUGUGAGGGGCGUGUUUUCUGAAAAUAUAAACGUGUGAUGCUGUGGGUAGUCCAAAGAAGGUGUAGCUGGUGCUAAAAGUCUCUUCUCAUUGUUGAGUUCUACACGGUAAAUGAUGAUGUUGACAUAUAUAAUUGAGGUUGGACAUUAGGAGGAAUUUCUUCAUCGAAAGAGUGAUUAGACAUUGGAAUGGGGUGCCCAGGGUUUUUGUGGUGGAGGUGUUUAAGGAAGGACUGGAUGUGGCACUUGGCACAUGUGGCACCGUGGUCUAAUUGACAAGGUGGUGCUUGGUUGUAGGUUGGACUUAAUGGGUUCAGAGUGCUUUUCCAACCUGAUUCUGUGAAGGUGUUACUGCAUUGCCAGUAAUCCCGAGGGCUCUGCCAGGUGAAGGAGCCAGUCCCAGUUCUGCAGGCUCACAUGACUGCGUGCUGCUCAGAUCUGUUCAAAUUCACAUUGAAAUGGAAGGGAAGGUGAAGAAAACAUGGGUGGAUUGUGAUGAACAUGAGCUUAAUACAACUUAAAUAUCAUAGCACAACAAAAUACUAAUAGUUGUGGCCAUCUGCACAAAUCAUAUAACUGUAUGUAUAAGGCUUCAUUUAAUUUUUAUUCAAGCAGAGGAGAGAUUCCUGUACAAAAUCAGACACAGAUAAUACAGUUUGGGCAUGUUUGGGGCACAGAGUUGAAAUCUCACAUUUUUGGCUCCUGCAAAUGGAGCAAUCGUCAUUUAAAAUAGUUAAGAUUUAAGACCUUUUUUUUGACUAUUUCUCAUAAAUUUGGCACUGUCUCACAAUAAAAAUACGAAAAAUAAUUUAGAGUUGAAGAUGUUUAUUGUUAUUCCUUUCAGUACUCAUUCAAGUCUUGGUAAAAAACAGUGGUUUAUCAUUUAGAAAGCUCAUUCCUAGAAGGGAGGGACAGAAUUCAAAUAAAAGAAGUGCUGUAGAAAGAAAACUGCAAAAGCAUUCCAGGAGAGCUUAGUAGGCAGGGUAUCACCAUGUGCUGCUUACCUUGAUCCAAGAUCCUUUUGAAUCUGAACCAAACCUGUGGAUUAAAUGCUCAAAGAUUAGGAAAUUAGAUGAUUCAAGUCAAAAUGCAUGUUCAGAGUUGACUUUUGCAAGUUUUCCUUAGCUUUUGACUCUCAAGAACUCUGCCAACAGACAUUGGAAAAACUUUGACUUUCUGUUAGACUUUGGCAUGUUGUAGUCUGGCUCUUGCACACUAGUUACCUGUUCACAUUUACCAUAAAUAAUGGCUAAAAACAUAACUUGCAGCUAGAUUUUGGAAGUAACUUCUGGAAGGGUUUGUUUCCUUCUCUUUCCCCCACCCCUUUAAGACUUUUUGUCUUGUGGGAUUUGUUUGCAAUCUGCUAGCUGAAGCUCUGAGGCAAGUUUGCCAGAUCUGGGGCUGUAUCAUCACUCUGCACAUCUGGAAGUGGUUUAUGUGCUCACAUUCCUCCAGCACAGCGUCUGGACUCUGCGCUAUUCCUCAGCAGCAGAGAAAGGAAAGAAAACCAGCACAACUCCAAAGUAAACUUUGAAGAGUUCAAAAAAGGAAUUGAAUCAUAAAACUGUUACUGUGCCCUGUAAGGCCCUUGUGGGGGUGACUUCAAAGGAGGAUGGUGGUCGAGGACGCUUUGGCAAGAGUGCUUACAGCUGUGGGCUGUAUCUAGGAUCCAAGUAAAUAACUCUACAGCGCUUCAGGAGAGAGGAGUCCCGAAUACUGUGCUGCUUUGAAGAGGCCUGGACUAGAAGCACAGUUUUAGGGAAGGCUACCUCCUUUUCUUCAGCAUCACAAAAAAUAUACAUAAAUACAAGCCCACUACACCCACUGGAAGAAUACAGCUUUUACCACAGAUCAUACUUCUCAUCCAACAGGACACAUGGCUCUUUUAAAGAAAGUUAACCAAAUCUUACUGGUACUUCUUGUUUUAACCGUGUGCGCUAUUCUGUAUAACAAAGUUCACCAAGUGCCCUUGGCAUUAAGAAAUGAAACAGUGGAUUUAGAGAGCCCUGAGGAAAUGGAGGAAGAAAUCCCAGUGGUGAUCUGCGCUGCUGCGGGCAGGAUGGGUGCAGCUGUGGCCGCGAUCAGCAGCAUCUACAGCAACACAGAGGCCAAUGUUUUGUUCUACAUCAUUGGGCUGAAGACAACCAUCCCACACAUUCGAAAAUGGAUUGAAAAUUCUAAACUGAAAGAAAUAAAAUUUAAGGUUGUGGAAUUCAAUCCUAUGGUACUAAAAGGAAAAAUCAGACAAGAUGCAUCACGUCCUGAGCUACUUCAGCCUCUGAAUUUCGUUCGAUUUUAUCUUCCUUUGCUUAUCCAGAAGCAUGAGAAAGUAAUAUAUUUGGAUGAUGAUGUCAUUGUUCAAGGUGACAUCCAGGAACUCUACAAUACUAAGUUAGCUCCUGGACAUGCAGCAGCUUUUUCAGAUGAUUGUGAUCUGCCUUCUACACAUGAAAUGGUUAGAAGUGUAGGGAUGCAGAACACAUACAUGGGAUUCCUGGACUACAGAAAGCAAGCCAUUAGAGAUCUUGGCAUCAGUCCCAGUACCUGCUCCUUCAAUCCUGGAGUAAUUGUUGGUAACAUGACUGAAUGGAAACAUCAGCGGAUUACAAAGCAGUUGGAAAAGUGGAUGCAAAGAAACGUAGAGGAAAACCUCUAUAGCAGUACCCUUGGGGGUGGUGUGGCAACCUCCCCAAUGCUGAUUGUAUUUCAUGGAAAAUACUCCUCUAUUAAUCCUAUGUGGCACAUAAGGCAUCUUGGUUGGAGUCCUGAUGCCCGUUACUCAGAGCAAUUUCUUCAAGAAGCUAAAUUACUUCACUGGAAUGGGAGAUACAAACCUUGGGACUACCCCAGUGUCCACACUGAUCUCUGGGAAAACUGGUUUAUUCCUGACCCCUCAGGGAAGUUCAAAUUAACUCGUCCUGAUAGCUGAUACUGAUAUACUGCAUAACGUAGUGUAUGGGAUGCAUUUAAUAGUUUGAGAUGCAACAUGUUGUAUGAGUGAUUGAUUCUAGAAAACGAAAUAUUUGUUAGAAAUAUGAAUAACUGACCAUCAGUUUUGUGUGCUUAUGGCAGGUGAGGGAGGCCGGAGUGACCAAUACAUAGUUCAGAUUAUCUUGACUUUCACUAAACACUUACAGAGGUGAACUUCAGUGUCAGACAGAGUGCUUUAAUUUAAGGUCUUUCUAAGGAAGAUUCCAAUGUCUUCUGGUAGGAAAAAAUCUACACAGGAGAUAGCUGCAGUGUUAUGUACAAGAAGUGUUUAGUU